GUGCCAGGAUCCACUGCGACGUGCAGAUCUUCUCACGGCCGGGCCAGUAGAAGACUUGCGGGCUAUCUCGGCGACCUUGCCCGCGGCAAGCGUGAGGGUGACGGCGAGCCGGCCAAGUCUGACUGGGAAGACUUGCAGGCCGCCGUCUUGGCCGGUGACACAAAGGCCCUGCAGGUGGCCGACGCAGUGAUGGCGCAGGCCAAGAGCCGCACUGACGCCGAGCGCAUGGAGGCGUUGGGACGCCUCCUGCAGGAGGAGUCCGUGGAGGACUGGCGGAGCCUGCAGCUUGGCCCUCCGCGUGCAGCCAUGCCUGCCUCUGACAGUAUGUGCCUCUGCCUUCUCGGGAUCGCAUUGGCGCUGCUCGUGCAGCCGAGCACGGCCUGGGACUUUGCUCGAGGAGUUCCUGGGCUGAAGGACAGCAUAUUGGCAAAACGGCACCCGUUGCAUGCCGGAGUCGCUCGGCGCGCCGGGGCUGCGCAAGAGGACAACAGUGGCCAGGACCGGCGCGAUCUCGAGGAGGUGGUCGCAGAAGCCGACAGGGUGCUGGAGGACAACGGCACGGUGAAAGAGACCAAAGCCGUCUUGCGAAAAGCGCAGAAGAUAUAUCCAGGGAAGUGGACCCUUUCAGGGAAGAAAGACGAGUUGCAACAAAAACUGCGCGAGUUUGUGGAGGAGGCCAAAGCAACCAAAAAGGGCUUGGAAGAGGAUUCCCACAAGGCACAGGUGACAAGCUGGCACCCUGGGCGUGGCGGAGUUGCUUCGCGCGCCAGCCCGCAGCAGGACAGUGGUGCGGAGGACUGGCUCGCCAAGAGCCGCGAGGAGGUGGAGGCUUUUGGCGAAGAGGAGGUUCUGAGCUGGUCCGAAGCGGUGCUGAACGAGGGCAAGGUGAGAGAUGAGCUCAUCCAGCGCACGGUGACGACACUGCAGCAGCAGGGCGUCACCGGCAAGUCCCUGCUGGAGCUGACACUGGAGCAGAUGAUGCAGGAUGGCAUCCUCCGUGGCCCGGCAGUGCUGCUGACCAAGAAGAUCCAGUUGCUGCAGGAGCCCCAGGUGAGCAGGUCGUCACUGCCAAGGACUUCAAUCUCGCUGCUUGCUUGCGACCUUCAGAUGGUGACCGACCCAAAAGGUUCCUAG